AUGCCGGAAAUGGAGCAACAUGGAGCUACGCUGGUCAACGAGGACGAUUACCCGUGGGUCGCGAGGGUGAUACACGGCCACCACAAAAAUCAGGUCUUGGAGCCGCUCAUCUGCACGGCGGCUGCGAUCAAGAGGAGAGUGUUUAUUACGGCCGCCAGAUGUAUCGUCACAGCCAAAGCGUUGUAUACAACUAUACUUUACAAGCACCGAGAAAUAGGCGUGAAAGCGUUUAUUUUUCCGGCGAUACCGUCAAAACAGAUGUUCGAUGACGUCGGGGUAGCAUAA